GCAUAACAUGCCACCUGUCACACCCCUAUAGAAUGUAAACAAAACAGAUAGCGAAUCUGAUUGCAUUGUUUCCGGAAAUAAAAAAGGAAAAAUUCCACACAUUUUCAACUCAAAAACGAAAAAAUAGCUAUUUAAGACAUUUUAGUUAUUUGAAAAGAAAGACACAGUCAAUUUUAUAUUCGUUCACAAUAUGGACAAUAACUUUUUGCUGCUUUAUGUUAAGUGAAAACAAAAACAAAAAAUCCCAAACACUUUCUUAGGACUCGAAAUCACGAGUCGAUUCAGUAUCACGGUAGGGAGUCGACUCUUGUUUUAUAAUGCCUCGAUUUGAAGAUUCGGAUCAACAGUUGGAGCAUCAACUAUAAAACUGCUGUCACGGUAGAAGAUCAACGCGUUAGAGCAGAAGCUGAACACAGGUUUUGUACCAGGAAAGUGGAUCAACCAUGACAAAGCCUAGGAAAGUGAGUCAAAUGGUUUUAAGUGUUGAGCAAUCGGAGGGAGUCGGAGCGCGAGUUCGGAGGAGCAUCGGGCGAAAAGAGCUGAGAAACCUAGAUCCGUUCCUGAUGCUGGAUGAGUUCUGUGUCAGAAAACCUGCUGGAUUUCCUGAUCAUCCUCACCGUGGAUUUGAGACGGUAACGUACCUUCUAAGUGGCUCAUCAGCUCAUGAGGACUUUUGUGGACACUAUGGAAAACUGGAGGCUGGGGAUUUGCAGUGGAUGACCGCAGGACGAGGUGUGGUUCAUGCGGAGAUGCCGCUAUCCGACGAGCCGAUGCGUGGCCUUCAGCUUUGGGUGAACCUGCGAAAAGCUGAUAAAAUGGUGGAACCCCAGUACCAGGAGUUGAAGAGCCAACAGAUACCCAAGCCUAGCAAAGAUGGCGUGACUGUGGCGGUCAUUUCAGGAGAAGCACUCGGGGUCAAGUCAAAAAUCUACACCAGAACUCCAACUUUAUAUCUUGACUUCCGUCUCAGCGAGGGUGCGAAACACGUGCAGCCAAUCCCCUCGGGUUGGACGGCUUUUAUCUACACGCUCUCGGGAAUUGUACACACCGGGCCGGAAGGAGACCAAAAGAAAGUCGAACCUCACCACACUGUGGUUUUUGAGGAUGGUGACUGUAUUCAAGUGAAAAAUAAGGGAGUCGAGGAGGCACACUUUGCUCUGAGCGGAGAACCUAUCAAUGAACCAGUGGUGAAGCAUGGCCCAUUUGUCAUGAACUCUGACGAGGAGAUCGAGCAAACCAUUGCGGACUACCGAACGUGCACAAAUGGAUUCGAGAGAGCAAAACACUGGCAAUCGAAAAUAGGUGGAACAAUGUAAAUGUUUGAAUGAAUGAAUUCCAAUUUCAUAUAUAUAUAUAUAUAUAUAUAUUCUACUGAAAUAUUUAAAUAUUAUCCACUCUAUAAGCUGCACUUACUGACUUUUUCCAAUGAAGGCUGAUUGGAUUUAAUUGUUCAUUGUAUGUUUUUAGAGUGACCUUUUCUGCCACUAAAAGCACCUUAUACAACCCAUUAAAAAAGUACUGAAAGCA